UAUACUACUACAGUAACUACUGGCAAGAAAUUUCCUCCCUCAAAAAGUCAUCCACUCAAAACCUUUUUUAUACUUUCGUCCAUUUCCUAAUUUCCAUUUAUAUAACAAAUCUUCCUUCAUUCCAACACAAAUUUCCAUUACUCCUCCAAAAACCCAAACACCAACCAUGGCAACCAGAUUCACCAUCUUACUCUUCCUCUUUACCAUCACUCUCUCACGCGCCCGCGAUCUCCAAAACCCGUUACCCGAAUCCAACUCCCAAACCACCACGCGCUCAAAACCUCAACAAUACGACACCGUUACAUUCAAUCUAAACUCCGUCGAUCACGUUCCGUUAAAUUUCCUCGAUUUCCGUCCUAUCAACCGUCACAUCCGUCCACAACAAAAACAACAACGUUCUUUGCCGUUUGAUUUCCCGUUAUCUCACCACCGUUGUCGUCAUGGUCAUCGCCGCCAGAUCCCUUACGGUAACGACAUGAUUUUGUCGAAAGACGCCAAUACUAAAGAUCGCCGGAUCCCAAAACGGUUCACGAAGAUUCGCGACGGCGAGAUGUUUUACCCGCAGGUGAUGUCUCUGUAUCCUCGUCAAAUCCAUAGUCAUGAUCAUCACCAUGAUCUUGAUCAUCACCAUCAUCAUCACCAUCAUCAUGAGAAGAGUUGGUUUGCGAAGAAGAUUCAUGAAUUGUUGAACUUGUUCUGAUUCUUGAAGUUGAUGGUGAUUAUAUAUAGAUAUGAAGGGUUUGUGUGUGUUUGAAAAUAAUGUAUUUAUAGUUUUAAUUUUGUAUUAUACUAUGAUGAUGCAAUAGCAGUAACACUACUACUACUAAGUUUUUAUGUUAAUUAGUUAUGUGUUUGUUAGGGUAAUUUAAUAGAAUGAUGCUAUGAUAUGUUGUUAAUGCUACUGAUUACACUCCCACCAACAAUUAUACUAGUUGAUGAUGAAUGAGGAAAUAAUAUGUUUGCUAUUGAUAAA